AUGACUGCUCCGGACCGGUAUGCCCAACAAUACCGCACCACCACGCCAAGCUCGUCCCUCGAUGUGCACAGCAAGAGUGAUGUCGAGUCAGUGCCGAUCCCAACCCCGUACGUAAACCUCGACGGCAGGUUGCUGACGGCAGUCGAUCGAAUCAGGGCCAGUGCGGAUCCGAGGCCCGCCACAAGCACCUUUAUGCUGCCGCACGACGCUCCAGGCGGAAUCCAGUGGUGGAUCGACACGGCCGGCGCCUCCGUUGUCGACCUCUGCCUUCUGCACCUGCCACCGCUGCGUGGCGGUCCCCCUCCAGCGCCGAACUUUGACAAGGAAAUAACGUUGGAGGACGACAAGCCGAGGCCCGAUGACCAGACCGGCCGAGACGAUCGAGGCGAAAGCGCCAAGAACGGCGGAAGCGCGGCCGGCAAGCGACAGAGACGCUGA